AUGUACCUCCUCUUAGCUCUGCUACUACCGAGUAUCAUUCAAGGAUGUGAAAGAAAACACCAUCGCCGACACCACGAUCGCCAUCUGCUCCAGCGUGAUACGACACCCAUCUUCCCACCAACUCUGACCCCACAGGAACAAAUUCUAGUAUCGUCUUUUGACAAUACUUCAAUAGCGUCUUGGUCUAGUUACUACUCUCACAGGCGAAAUCUCGCGGGAGAAAGCAGCGCAGUGCCUCAAUGGACAGCUUCAAAAUGGGCCGAGUAUGGUUUCGACACUAGACUAGAUAGCUAUCACGUCUACCUAAACUACCCCAUCCACCAAUCCCUAGCACUCAAAUACCCCAACGGAACCACCUACAACCUCACUCUUGAAGAACCUAUCCUCGAAGAAGACCCUACAACCGGUUCUCCAAACCGCAUCCCCGCAUUCCACGGCUACUCCGCCUCAGGAAACGUAUCAGCACCCUACAUCUACAUCGGCCGCGCCACAACCCAAGAUAUCGAGCGGCUCCUCACCCACAACAUAUCCCUAGCCGGUAAAAUCGGCCUAGCCAAACACGGCGGCCCCUUCCGCGGCACCAAACUCCGCAACGCGCAAUCCUUCAACCUAACCGGCCUGCUCCUCUUCACCGAUCCCGCCGACGACGGAGAAAUGGCGCCACCGACGUACGCACCGUACCCUGCUGGGCCCGCACGUAACCCGGGGAGUAUACAGCGCGGUAGCGUGCUGGACCUGAGUAAGUAUCCUGGGGAUCCGACGACGCCGGGGCAUGCGUCGAAGGAGGGGGUGGAGAGGAUGUACAUGGGGAGUUUGCUGCGGAUACCGAGUUUGCCGUUGUCGUGGGGGGAGGCGAGGGGGUUGUUGAGGGGGUUGGAGGGGCGGGGGGUUAGGGAGGGUGGUGGUGGUGGUGGGUAUUUUAGUGGGCCGUCUGGUGCGGUGCUUGAGAUGAGGAAUCAGAUGAAGGGCGGUAUUGAGUGGAUUUACAAUGCGGUUGGUGUUGUGAAUGGGACGGAGGGGGAUGAGGUUAUUGUUGUGGGGAAUCAUCAUGAUGCGUGGAUGGUUGGCGGUGCUGCGGAUCCGCAUUCUGGUUCAGCGAUUUUGAUUGAGUUGGCGAGGGCUAUUGGCAAGCUCUUGGAGACUGGGUGGAGGCCCAAACGGACGAUUGUUCUUUGUAGUUGGGAUGCGGAGGAGUAUGGGUUGGUGGGAAGCACUGAAUGGGUUGAGGAACACACUCCCUGGCUUAAAUCAUCUACUGUGUCCUACUUAAACUUCGACGUUGGAGUCUCUGGCACCAUCCCCGACUUCAGUGCUUCUCCCGACCUUCACUCCCUUAUCACUUCGACUGCACAGAAGGUCAUAUGGCCCCAUGGCGAGAACCGUACAAUAUACGAUGUUUGGGAAGAAAAUUCUGGCGAGAUUGAUCUUCUAGGUGCACAAAGCGACUACGCAGCAUUUGUACACCGCGGUGGGAUUUCUUCCAUGGAUAUUGGUACUACGCGAGCGCCCCUGGAUCCAAUCUAUCACACACACUCCAACUUCGAUAGCUAUCACUGGAUGGCUAAGUUUGCUGAUCCAGGAUUUGUAAAGCACAAGGCGAUUGGACAGUUCCUGACCUUGAUGCUGUUCCACUUAGUAAACGACGAUGUUGUGCCGCUUGAGCCAGCCAACUAUGAUGUAGAGAUGAAGGCGUGGCUUGUGGAUCUCCGCAAGCUUGUUUCAUCUGCGAAUGCAACAGCUACAGUCAAAGUCGAGCAGCUUGAAGAUGCUGUUGCGGUAUUCGAAGAAGCAGCACAGCUAUUCAAUGCCACCUGUAAGAUGGCUGUAGUCUCAAACAAUGUACGUCUAAUCAAGGAACUGAACCGCAAAGCCCGAGAUCUUGGACGAGAGUUCAUCAAGCAAGGCGGACUUCCCGGAAGGCCAUUCUAUCAACAUCUUCUAUUUGCACCAGGAAUAGAUACAGGAUACAGGCCCGUUACUUUUCCUGGAAUUACGGAAGCCGUUUCUGUGGGUAACUUCACUCUAGCAAACGAAUACUUGGGAAGGACCGUGAAGGCUGUGCUGGCAGCAGCAAAUAUACUGGCGGCCUGA